AUGUCGUAUACUAGAACAGAGGAAGACGGCAAGGACACUAUCAUGUUUCUUAGUCCAGCAGAUACGUUUGCAAAAACAACACAACAACCACUUGAUGCAUCCACAGCCCAGCAAGAAGCCUACAAUGAGGAGACUGGCGAGAUCAACUGGGACUGUCCAUGCUUAGGACCCAUGACUCAACCACCUUGUGGAGAGACCUUCAAGGCAGCCUUUUCUUGUUUUGUUUAUUCCAAAGAAGAACCAAAAGGGAUCGAUUGUGUAGAUCAGUUUAGAGCCAUGCAGGCUUGUUUCCGAGAACAUCCCGAGGUGUAUGGAGAUGAGCUAGAUGAAGAUGAUCAGGAGAAUGCAACCAAUGUGGAUGAACAGCCUGUGAUGUCUGACAAUGUAGAGAAGCAAUUACCAUGA